AUGCAGCCGACGUCGCUUCUUCUGCUUGCGCUCUCGAGCGUCGCUGCUGCUUCGUGCGGCGUCAACUACGGCGCCUGCAGCGCCGAGAGCCGCUGCUGCGAGUCGGCGCUCUUUGAGUGUGUGCCCCGGGGCAGCCACCACGACAAAUUCGUCUGCGAACCAACGUGGGGCUCGGCCAUGCACGCGCAAGCCGACCACGUUGGUCUCUGGGCGCAGUGCGGCGGCAAGGACUUUACUGGCUCGCGAGCGUGCCCGGCCGGUGCGGCGUGCGUGACGGUCAAUGAGCACUACGCCCAGUGCCAGGCGACGGCAACCGACGCGGCGCACCUCCCGACGUACGCGCAGUGCGGUGGCAGCAACAACGGCUUUGACGCGAAUGGCAAAGCCUGCCGCGACGAGGAUACGUGCUUUCGCUUCAACGCUCACUUUUGGCAGUGCCUUCCGCGCAACCUUGCCUUCUUCUAA